AUGCCAAUCCUACCCGUCAGCAUUUUUGGAGUUCAUUUUUUUUCUUUUUCUCUUUCUUUCAUUUUUUUUUCUUUUUCUUUCUUUCAUUUUUUUGCUUUCUUUCUUAUUCUUUCUCUCUUCCUUUCAUACUUCUCUAUCCUUUUUUCUUUCUUUAUUUUUCUUUUUAUCUUUUUCGUUCUCUCUCUCUCUCUCUCUCUCUCUCUCUCUCUCUCUCUCUCUCUCUCUUCUUACUUUCUCUCUUUCUUCUUCUUUCCUUAUUUUUCUUUCUUUCUCUCUUUUUCGUUCGUUCUUUCUCUCUUUCUAUUUUUCUCUUCUUUCUUUCUCUCUUUAUUUUUAUUUCUUUUUGUUUCUUUCUUUCACGAUUCUUUUUCUUUCUAUAUUUUCUUUCUUUGUCUUUCUUUCUCACUUUCUCUGUUUUCUUUCUGUCUCUCUUUAUUUUUCUUUCUCUCUCUUUCUUUUUAUUUUUUUCGUUCUUUUUCUUUCCUUUUCUUUCUCUCUCUCUCUUUUUCUUUAUUUCUCACUUUCUCUCUUUUUCUUUCUUUCUUUAUUUCUCCCUUUCUUUUUUCUUAUUUCUUUAUUUUUCUUUCUUUUUGUUUCUUUCUUUCUCGCUUUCUUUUUCUUUGUAUCCUUUUUCUUUCUCUCUUUCUUUUUAUACUUUCUUUUCUCUCUCUCUCUCUCUCUCUUUCUUUUUAUUAUUUUCUUCAUUCUCUCUUUUGCUUUCUCUCUUUUACUUUUUCUUUCUCCUUUUUUUCUUUUUCUUUUUUUAUUUCGCUCUUAAUUUUUCUUUCAUUUUGUCUCUUUCCCGCUUCUUUUGCUUUAUAUCUUUUUCUUUCUUUCUCUCUUUUUCUUUCUUUCUCUCUUUCUUUCUUUUUCUUUCUUUCUUUCCUUUUCUUUUGUUUUAUUUGUUUCUUUCUUUGUCUCUUUUUCUUUCUUUCCUUUUCUUUUGUUUUAUUUGUUUCUUUUUUGUCUCUUUUUUCUUUUCUUUCUUUCCUUUUCUUUCGUUUUUUAUUUUGUUUCUUUCUUUCUUUCUUUCUUUCACUGUGCAACACUGAUGCGUGCAUGUCUGUGUGUCCUUACAAUUUAUGCUAA